AUGAAGUCUUCAAUUAUACUAGGGAUAUACGCUGUGUGUGUAGUCGAGGGACACAUCAUGGGUGUAUCCCCCGAGAAACAACACUUAUAUGAACCCAUUACAGGAUCGAAUGAUGCCGACAAGAAAUGGCGGUGCUUGGGAGAUCCUUCUAUUGUCAUUGACUACAGUCAGAUAAACGACGAUUACUGUGAUUGCCCCGAUGGGUCAGAUGAAAUUGGCACCAAUGCAUGCAAAUUCAACCAGUCCAACAUGUUCUAUUGUGCCAACGAUGGUCACAUUCCUGGGUACAUUGAAAACUUCAAAUUAAAUGAUGGUACUUGUGACUACGACCGAUGUUGCGACGGUUCUGACGAGUACAUAACAGGGAAUUGUCCCAACAAAUGCAAAGAGAUUCAUGACCAGUACGUGAUGUAUGAAGCGCUUAUGGAGGAGAAAGUCCGUCUAGCGGCUUCAACCAAUACCAAACUAAAGCAAGAUGCUAUAGCACUUAAGGACAGAGUCGAGGCAAAGCUCGAGUCGUUUAGGCAGGAAAACGUCAACCUCGUGGACAAACUUACACAACUUGAAGAAGCACAGGCCCAUGGCUUUGUGGGAACGCAAGAGCUCCUGGUCUACGACGAAAUAUCACUGUACACCAAUAAGGUUGCAGAGAAGGCUGCUGAUUUAGAAGCGACUCACGCUUCCACUUCCCAAAGAGCUAAGAAGUUGGAGGCCAUUUUGCAUAACUUACUCACCAACUACAACCCCAAUUUCAAUGAUGCAGCUGUCAAAGAGGCUGUUAACAAGUUUCAAGACUACCUUGCUAAUAAGGAAGAUUCUGAUGACGUGAGUGGUAUCUCUUCCGAUCUCGAGCAGCUCAACGAGUAUGCCAAGACGGUGAUGGUUGGAGAAUCCCAUUACAGUUCCCCUGAAACUUUCGACCACACAGUGCCCACAUUUGGCAACAUGAUUCACUACUACAUCACAAAGAUAUUCCGCUUGUUUGAUGCGGAGGCCGUCGACCAAUUGGUUCUCAAGCACAUCAAGACCCCCGAAGGUUUGGACGUGGAGAUAGACUCCACUAGAAAGGGAAUCAGCACAUUGAACAAAAACAUCGAAACCCUCGAAGCUGAUUUGGCAGCUGACUAUGGCCCUGAUGACAUUCUUCGAGCUUUGGUGGGAAAAUGGGUUAAUACCAACAUAGGAGGCUACGAAUAUAAGGUUGGCUUACUUAACCAGGUAUACCAGGAUGGUAACUUGUUAGGAGUCUAUUCACAUUAUAAAGAUGGGAAACUAUACUACAUCAAUGGCCAUCGGUGCUGGAACGGACCUCUAAGACUGGCAGUGAUUGAGUUUAUCUGUGGUGAUGACCAACAAGUAUUGUCUAUUGCAGAGCCAGAAAAAUGUGAGUACCAUAUCCAAGUGAGUUCUCCGCUUUCAUGUCAAAAGAUGAGCCAAAGUGAUAUCCAGAAGUCUUUCAAGAUUGAUUAUUCCCGUUUAUAG